AUGCCUUCACUUCCCCAAAUUACCCUCACUUUUAUGUUCUAUUUACUUAUCUUAUCCCCAACACCAUCCUUUUCACUCAACAUCACCGCUCUUCUCUCCACUUUCCCUGACUUAUCUCAAUUCACCGCCCUUCUCUCCGCCGCAACUCCCCUCACCGCCGAUCUCUCCCACCGCACUUCCAUCUCUCUCCUCGCCGUCCCAAACUCCUUCCUCUCAACCGACCCUAACCUCUCUCACCACCAGCUCCCCCCCUCAGCACUCACCGACGUCCUCCGCUACCACGUCCUCCUCCAAUUCCUGUCAUGGUCCGACCUCCAUUCCCUCCCUCCCUCCGGCAAACUCGUCACCACUCUCUUCCAAACAACCGGCCGCGCCACCAAUAAUUUCGGCUCUGUCAACAUCACUCACGACCCUCACUCCAACCUCGUUUCGAUCCGUUCUCCCGCUCCUUAUUCCUCCUCAAACGCCACCGUCAUCGAAUUAGUCAAAACCCUACCGUACAACGUCACCAUCUUUGCCGUUAAUUCUCUCUUAAUCCCUUACGGUUUCGAUCUCAUGGCAUCGGAAACUCGUCCCAGCAUACAUCUCAACAUCACCAAAACGUUAAUUGACGCUCACAACUUCAAUGUCGCUGCUUCCAUGCUUUCAGCUUCCGGCGUUGUUAAUGAAUUCGAAGCCGGUGAAGGUGGUUCCGGAAUCACUUUGUUUAUUCCCGUCGAUGAAGCUUUCGCCGAUCUACCUCCUUCGGUUUCGCUUCAGUCACUUCCGGCGGAUAAGAAAGCGGUUGUUCUCAAAGCUCAUGUUCUCCGUGCUUAUUACCCCCUCGGCUCGCUUCAGUCCACCGCGAAUCCCUUGCAACCAACUCUCGCCACGGAAGCCAUGGGCGCCGGAAGCUUCACUCUCAACAUUUCAACUUUUAACGGCUCAGUUGCCAUUAACACCGGAAUUGUUCAAGGGAUAAUUACUCAGACAGUUUUUGAUCAGAACCCUAUCGCAAUUUUCGGUGUUUCAAAGGUUUUAUUACCAAGAGAGAUUUUCGGGAAAAAUCCAAUUGUGUCUGUAAAAUCGCCUCCAGACAUUAUUGCUCCUCCUCCUUAUGAUGAUGCUUCUUCACCGUCUGGAUUUGACGGCCAGCCGUCACAUCUUUCUUCACCGCCGGGGUUUGGUGAAGAUGUUAGCCCGAAUGACGCCCGGGUUUAUGGUUCUGAGUUAUUUAAUUUUCUUCUUUGUUGUAUAAAUUUGUAUUUAUUGAUAUAA